AUGUCUGAUACUGAAAAGCCCGCUGCACCCGAAGUUGUCGAGAAGAAGGCUCCGUCCAUCGCUGAGGCUGAUCUGACGAAAUACAAGACAGCAGCAGACAUCGUCAACCAGGUCGCCAAGAAACUCAUAGAAUUAAUCGUUGAAGGAGCGAAAGUCAUCGAUCUAUGUAUCGAGGGCGAUAAACUUAUUGAACAGGGCACUGGAGCGGUGUAUAACAAGGCAGUCAAAGGUACAAAAAUAACCAAAGGCGUUGCUUUCCCCACCUGUAUCUCCGUCAACAACGCCGUUGCGCACUUCUCCCCCCUUGCAUCAGAUCCUCAGGCAACUCAAGUUCUUGCUAAGGACGAUGUUGUAAAGCUGCAACUUGGUGCCCACAUCGAUGGGUUUGCUGCGAUCAGCGCGGAGACCAUCGUUGUGGGAGCCAGCGCUGAAAAUCCCAUCACGGGUCGUCGCGCUGAUGUCCUCAAAGCAGCUUGGCAUGCCGCUGAAGCUGCUAUGCGAACCGUCAAGGUUGGGAAUAGGAAUUGGGCCGUCACUGAAAUUGUUGGCCGUACUUCCGCGGCUUGGGAUUGCAAACCCGUCGAGGGUAUGCUCUCCUGUCAACAAACGCAGAACGUUAUCGACGGGAAAAAACGCGUUAUUCUGAACCCAAGCGAAUCGCAGAAGCGUGACUUUGAAGCCGCCACCUUCGCUGAAGGUGAGGUUUACGGUAUCGAUAUCCUAAUCUCUUCCGGUGAAGAUGGAAAGGCUCGUUCCGAAGAGUCGCGGACGACCAUCUAUCAAAGAGACUCAUCCGUAACAUACCAACUGAAGAUGAAAAACUCGCGCGCGGUAUUUUCUGAAGUCCAAAAGAAAGCUGGGGCCUUCCCUUUCAAUGUCCGUACACUCGAAGACGAAAAACGUUCUCGCAUGGGCUUGCAAGAAGCUGUCCAGCAUCGUCUCGUGAAGCCUUACGAAGUGAUCUACACUCCCGCGAAUACAUUCGUGGCUGGUUUCCACUUUACGAUUGCGCUUCUCCCCGGUGGGCCUUCGUUAAUCACGCACCCGCCCGUGUGGUACAAGCCAGACCUCGUGAAGACGACAAAGGAGCUAGAGGACGAGGAAUUGAAAUCGUUGCUCGCAAGGAACUUGCGGGAGAACAAGAAGAGCAAGAAAAAGGCCAAGAAGGCUGAGAGCGAAGAGGAGGGCAAGGAGGAGUAAGCAUUGCGAGAGAAUCAAUCACAGAUGAAGAGAAGAUAACAUCACCACCAACUAUUGUUUUGCGCACACAUAACUACUCUGUACUUUGCAUGCAGACGGACCAUCGUCCUUUUUCAGAUGUUUCUUGCGUUUCUGCUAAUGAAUCGUGACCUAGUACUAGUCC